UAAUCCAUAAGUUUUUAAAGUUAAUUAAAUUGUAGUAAUCAACGAUUUACAAGGUAAAUUAAUCUUCCUGUGAAGGUCAACCAAGUACAAUCAGUAAACAAUUUAAUUAAACACUGUUUCUCAUUAAAAUCACCUUAAGGGGAUCAUUAAUUUCUGAAACCAUAUUGAUUAUGUUGAGUUGAGUUUUGCCUUAAUUGUCAGUUGAUCAUUAAACCAAUUGGUGCAAUUAGAUCAAUACUUGUGUGAAAAUAAUGUUCAACUCACGUCAAUUGAUUAUUUUAAUUAUUACAAUUAGUGAGACAAUUUUUCCAGCUCAAUCUAUCAAUGAUUGGAGUUUAAGUACAAUGGUUUCUGUCCAAAAAAACGGGCGACACAUUUGUACCGGCGUUUUAAUCACAAACUCCGUUGUCUUGACCACUCGACACUGUUUAAUCGGAAUUACAAGUGCCUCAAUUUUAUCAGUUCAACCAAAUUUCGAUGGUAAAAUUUAUUCACCAACCGAUCCAAAGAGUGAAUCGGCUCAAGUUCUUGAUUUUGUCGUCCAUCCAGAGACACGAAUAAGUAACGAUAUUGGUUUAAUUCAACUCAACUCAUAUAUCAAAACAUUGAACUCAACCGGAAGGACAAUCAAGAUAAUGGGAAAAGAUGAACAAUUAACUGGCGAUGAAACUCUGAUUCUGGUUUCAUGGGGCUACACAAAAUCGUUGGUAGUUGAAGGUGAACUGUCAUUAACUGCUGUUGAUCUAGUGGAUCAAUCCGAAUGUACCAAGCGCUUUGAAAUUCCCGAUAAUCAGGUCGACCAGUUGAUCUGUGGAAGGCCAUAUCGUUCAGAAAUAUGUCGCGGUGACGCUGGUUCCCCAGUGUUUGUAAUUGACCCAACUAAACACACCGUAAAGGUGAUCAGUCUACUCGUUUAUUCAACAAUUAAAUGUUCAUCUGAUUUGUUUCUCUCAGUUAGAGUGUCAAAUAGUCAAGAUUGGAUCGAUAAGUCUCUUACAAAAUUUCAUGUAACUGUUGAAUUAGCGAAACUUUUAGAGAAAUUUGCUAAUUCACUAAUUAGCAAAUUAAAAAGAAAAAGUUAA